AUGGACUCCUCUUCCUCCUCCGUCUCCUCCGGCCUAUCCUUCCAGUCUUCCUCUUCCAGCGAGCUCGAGCCGGAGGUCGACCUGAUGGCCAUCUACGAAGCCCGCGCCCCAGAGUAUUGGGACGCGCGGGACUGGGAUUUCUCCGUCGAAUCGGAGGACGACGAACCCCUCACCGACGGGGAGGAAGACCUCCAGCUCAUCGAUGGGGAGCUGGAGACUCCAAACUUGCAAGAAAUGGAAGAUCGUCCAGAAGAAACUCUACAAGGGCGGAAAUGGGAGCAUCAUAAUGUGGAUGGGCCCUCCAAGGCGGCAUCGGCGAGACAACCCACUAGGAUCAAGAAGGCAAAGGCGGCUGUUGAUGUGGAGGCAUCAUCGGAGAGGGUGCAAGCGUCAAUUGACAGCUUCUGCGCCAUCCUCCCGUCGACGACCAUGGAAAUGGCAUCUCCUACCUCCGAUGGAGACUCGCAGGCAGAUCAUCCCUCCAGCUCCAGCUUCAGCUCCAUUUCCAGCUCCAACUUCAGCUCCAUCUCCAUUUCCAGCUCCAGCUCCAUUUCUAGCUCCAGCUCCAUUUCCAGCUCCAAAGACAGUAACAUGGCUAGCAAGCUACAGAACGCAGCAAGUCUAACAAUCCGAGGAUUACAACAAAUCACUGAUAACUUUUCCGAGGAGCGGAAAAUUGGUCAAGGCGCGUAUGGAACGGUCUACAAGGGGGUGCGUGCUAAUGGAGAAAAGAUUGCUGUGAAGCUGCUCCAUAACAAGAUGCCAGGAACUGACGAUGAGGAAUUCAAUCGGGAGUUCCAAAACCUUAUGAGGCUCGAGCAUCACAAUGUUGUAAGGUUAGGAAAAACCAUCUUUGUAGAGGAGAUACACAGGGCUCUCUGCUUCGAGUUCAUGGGAAAUGGGAGCCUUGCAAAGUAUAUUACUGAGGAAGAUGAUGGACUUGAUUGGGACAUGCGUUACAGAAUUAUAAAGGGCUCCUGCGAGGGUCUACAUUACCUUCAUGAAGGAUCCGAACAACCAAUUUACCAUCUGGACUUAAAACCUGACAACAUAUUGCUGGACGAGAAUAUGAUGCCAAAACUAGCCGAUUUUGGUUUGUCCAAGUUCUUUGAUGGAGAACUAACUAUGACCGCAACAAGUGUUAUAGGCACACGUGGAUAUAUGCCGCCGGAGUACCUAUUCGGACGAAAGGUCACGAAGAAAUUUGACAUAUUCAGCCUGGGUGUCAUAAUGACUAAGAUAAUUGCAGGGCCUGAAGGCCCCUCCAGAAGGGAUGAAAUGUCUUACAUGAAGUUUAUUGAUCAAGUACAGAGAAAAUGGAGGAACAGGUUGCGAAAAAAAUGGCACGCUUCCAGACCACUACAAGCAUAUUGCCAACAAGUGAAAACAUGCAUUGAAAUAGCAGUGUGCUGCAUGGAGACUGAUAGGAACAAAAGACCCAGUAUACUGGAGAUCGUCCAGAAACUGAAUGAGACUGAAUCUUUGGUCGAAGAGUUCAAAAAUGACCGCAGUGAUCACGGACGGACAAGGUAA